AUGAAAAGGUUAGCAGUUGUUGUCCUUAUUGGACUAAUUAUACCUGUCGCUGUUGUUCAAUGUAAAAUUCAUCAUCUUGCUUUAAGAAAUGAUGCACGCAGGAAUAUCUUACUGACAACAUUUGGAUACAACAAAGGCGGUAUAUUUAUCCUAAAGCUAUAUAAUUUCACGGUUCCGGUGGAAUUGGUUUCACCCGAUGUGACGCGAGAACAGCGUAACACUGAUCGAUUCGGUGUCAUUGGUUUUACAUUUUCACGAGGCAAGAACAUACUGAAUGGCGUUAGAUCAAAACCACAUGUAUGUCAAUUAUCACAGUUUGACCAAGGUUUUGAUGCACUCUUCUUUGUCUUCAACUUUACCGAGAACAGUUUAAAAGUCAUACGUACAGGAUCAGGCUACGGUUUACGGCUCUGUAAAAAUUUAGAAAGUUGUCCAGAUAAAACAGAACUUACAUCGUUAGAGGCACCACCCAGGGACAACGCCAAGCCAUCUGUCAAAGAUUCACCAAAUGGAUCAGAUUUUUUCGAUAAAUUACACAACAUGUUAUUUCCAGUGACUGCCACAAGAAUACCAUAUAAAGACUAUCUUCCUUUAAAUCUUUCUGGCGAUCAAUAUUCCACUUCGGUUGCAAUACGGUUCGAGGAAGGACAACAAGGCAGUUAUAGUUUCAUUUAUCACAACUGUUUCAAUUACCGAGCACAUGGUUAUAGUAACCAAGUCGCUGUGCAUUUCACUGUUGACAUUUUCGAGCGUAAUCCGGAAUCAUAUCUUUCUGCUGGUGACAUAGCAAAACCGAAGUUGUACUUAUAUAUGGCGGCAAUGUUUACAAUUGCCGCUUGUUUAUGGAUACGGAAUAUCUGCCAUUCAAGUUCUGGUACGAUUUACAAAGUGCAUCAUUUAAUGACAGCAUUGGUCAUCCUAAAAUCGUUAUCUUUGUUUUUCCACGGUAUCAAUUAUUAUUUCGUCUCAGUAUAUGGACAUCAGCGCGAAAUUUGGGCUAUCAUUUAUUAUAUUACACAUCUAUUAAAAGGUGCGCUCUUAUUUGGAACAAUUAUUUUGAUUGGUACAGGAUAUACGUUUUUCAAGAAGUUUUUGACUGAUCGUGAUCGAAAAUUGUUUAUAAUUGUUCUUCCACUUCAGGUGAUCGACAAUGUUGCAAUGAUUAUCAUUGAAGAAAGUGAAUUCGGGGAACAAGGCUAUCGGUUCUGGUUGCAAGUAUUUAUAUUUUUCGAUAUUGUGUGUUGUUUGGCAAUAAUUCUUCCAGUCAUUUGGUCGAUGCGUCAUCUACAGGAAGGUGCUCGAAGCGAUGGAAAGACAGCUUUUAAUUUAGAAAAAUUGAAAUUAUUUAGACAUUUUUAUUUGGCUAUAAUUGGUUAUAUUUACCUGACUCGUGUAAUUAAGUUCGUAAUUGAGGCAGUAGUACCGUUUAAUUAUGAUUGGAUAACUGAUUCCGUAGUUGAAUUCUCAACACUUUUAUUUUUCCUAAUAGCUGGCUAUCAGUUCAGGCCGCAGAAAAGGAACCCAUACCUAAAAUUGGCUCAAGAUGAUGACGACGGUGAAGUGUAUAUUAGCAAAAAAUGGCUUUCAUGCCUGAAAACGAUUUCUAUACGUGAUGAAGUUCUAGGUAACACAUCGAGUUCUGUGAAUAGAAACGAUAUGGAUUUGGAAGAACGAAAUCAUCAAUACUUUAAACUUGUGGUGAAUUUUUGGUUGAAAAAUGCUGCUCAUUAUAGCUUAUCGUAA